AAAAAAGUCGGGAACUAUUUACCAAAAAAAAUGAAAAGAAAAAGUGGGGAACUUGGCCCGGCGGCCGGGCCGGGUUUGCGGGGCAGGGCAGGAGAGCUCUUCUCCUACAUACAACUUACAGCGAUUAAAUGGAAAUAUUGAAAUUUGAUCUAAUUUUUUCUUAAAAAACACAUCCAGAGAUUGCACAGUUGUUAUAGACAAAUCUCUUCCCCAUCCUGAAGCAUUCAACGCCAAAGAGAUAAAUAACACGAUGAUUUUUUUAUAUUAGUUCAGCAAUUAGGAUCAAACCCAUCUAAAAUGCGGGGAUGGAGAAACGCUGUUCAAGAAACUGCUGCCUCGAAACCCCUCUUUCUAACCAUAUACGCCACCGUUAUACUGGGGACAGUGGUGUCUUCCUUUUACGUAUUCUCCGCUAUUUACUCUCCAACCGCUUCCCCCACUCGCUCUAUCUCUUCUUCUUGGCUUUUGGCCCCUCCUCUCUCCCAAAAUGGGGUUUCUCUUUCCAGCAACAUUUCUCAACCAUCACAGCAUAGGAGCAACAAGUUGAGACCUAUUUGGGAGGCCCCAUCUCGUACUUCCAAAAUGCCUCGUUUAAAGUCCUUUAGACUAACUAAAGAACUGGUUGCACAAAGGGCAAAAGAUAAUGUCAUCAUAGUCACCUUUGGUAACUUUGCUUUUAUGGAUUUCAUCCUGACCUGGGUUAAACACUUGACCGAUCUUGGUGUUUCUAAUCUUCUGGUUGGUGCUAUGGACACCAAACUACUGAAGGCUCUAUAUUGGAAAGGUAUCCCAGUCUUUGAUAUGGGCAGCCAUAUAAGCACAGAUGAUGUUGGCUGGGGUUCUCCCAUAUUUCAUAAAAUGGGGAGACAGAAAGUCUUACUUAUAAAUGCAAUACUUCCUUUUGGUUUUGAGCUAUUGAUGUGUGAUACAGACAUGGUGUGGUUGAAGAAUCCACUGCCAUAUCUUGCUCGGUACCCUGAUGCAGACAUCUUAACUUCUAGUGACCAAGUUGUGCCAACAGUUGUUGACGACAGAUUGGCUGACUGGAAACAAGUUGGUGCCGCCUACAAUAUAGGAAUUUUCCACUGGCGCCCAACACCACCCGCGAAAAAACUGGCAAAAGAAUGGAUAGAUAUGCUUUUAGCUGAUGAUAGGAUAUGGGAUCAGAAUGGAUUUAAUGAACUUGUACGUAGGCAGACAGGGCCAGCCUUUGAUGAUGAGAGUGGAAUUUUUUACUCUUAUGAUGGAAAUCUCAAGCUGGGAAUUCUGCCAGAAAGUAUAUUUUGUAGUGGACACACUUAUUUUGUUCAGGCUCUGCAUCAGCAAUUUAGGCUGCAACCAUACGCAUUGCACACUACGUUCCAGUAUGCUGGUACUGAAGGGAAGCGUCAUCGACUGCGGGAAGCCAUGGUUUUCUUUGAUCCUCCAGAAUACUAUGAUGCACCUGGAGGAUUCUUGUCAUUUAGACCUUCUAUUUCUAAGAGCUUGUUACUGGAUGGGGAGCAUAAUCUUGAAUCGCACUUCUCUCUUAUUAAUUACCAAAUGAGACAAAUAAGGUCAGCACUUGCUAUUGCCUCCGUGUUGAACCGUACACUGGUUAUGCCUCCAUUAUGGUGCAGAUUGGAUAGGCUGUGGUUUCCACAUCCUGGGGCACUGCUGGGGUCAAUGACUAGACAACCUUUUCUCUGCCCUUUGGACCAUGUUUUUGAGUAUGCUCUAGUGCAGGUGAAUGUAAUGUUGAGAGACCUUCCAGCGGAGGAAUUUGGUCCUGCAAUCAACAUCAGAGAGUACUCUUUUCUCAACAACCCAUUCUUACCCCAACGAGUAAGAGAGUCGUGGCUUGAUGUUCAGCUUUGUCAAGAAGGAACUGAAGAUUGCCAUGCGUCAAGCAACACAAGUCAACCAGGUCUUUUAAGAUUUCCUAAACGCAGCAGUGAAGAAACGUUGAAGAAGGUGUUCUCUUCAUUCAAGGAUGUCAAAGUCAUUCAGUUCUCUUCGAUGCAAGAUGCUUUUCUUGGUUUCACUGACAAGACAAGAGAGGAGAAAUUCAGGAAACGUGUAAAGCAGUAUGUAGGUAUAUGGUGUUGUGUUGAGAACCACAUUCCUGGACACAUAUAUUAUGACAUGUAUUGGGACGAGAAACCGGGUUGGAAACCUGUUCCACCUAAAACCCCAGAGGACGAUCAUCCACCUUUCUGAAGCCCUCUCUUCACCCUCUUAUCAAAAAGGUUGCCCAAGUUCUGGCCUUGGGAGGUAGAAAAAGAGACAGAGACAGUGGCGGUGACAGUGACAGUCACAGCGUUUCAAAGCUGCUAUGGUUCCUAACACAUCGUCAAAAACCAAGAAUACUGUCUUCAUAGAUUAAAAUGGGAUGAGGUUGCAUUAGUAUUAGCAUCAGUAUUCGGACUCGGAGAACAAAUGUCUGGGGUCUGAAAUUUGGAACAUUUGAGGGCUGAUGUGUUUUUCACCCCUCUAUAUAUGUACCAUUGAUAGUUUUUUUUUUUUUUUUUUGCUAAUUUAAUCUUUGGGCCAUUUCAAAUAAAAAGGGAAUGAAUGUACUGAUUGGGAGUGAGUUAGUGCGACCACUGCCGAAGGACCUCUGUUUCAUGGCUUCUUAGCUUAUUACCUCGUCUUGAAAUGCAUUAUUAUGAAUAAAUGAGUACUCUUAAAGAGAGUCUGUGCCAAGGUAGGUUUUGGCUUUUCAAAUCCCAAA